CCAGGCCGCAUUUCCUUCCUGUGCAAGGCCGGGCGAGUGUCCCCGUCGCGCCGCUCCUUCUGCCUCGGGGAUAACAAUCAAGAUGGUACAUGCUGAAGCCUUUUCUCGUCCCUUGAGUCGGAAUGAAGUUGUUGGUUUAAUUUUCCGUUUAACAAUAUUUGGCGCAGUAACAUACUUUACCAUCAAAUGGAUGGUAGAUGCAAUUGAUCCAACCAGAAAGCAGAAAGUAGAAGCUCAGAAACAGGUUACUUGGAGUGAUAUAGCAGGUUUAGAUGAUGUCAUUACAGACCUGAAAGACACAGUCAUCUUACCAAUCAAAAAGAAGCAUUUGUUUGAAAAUUCCAGGCUUCUGCAGCCUCCAAAAGGAGUUCUUCUCUAUGGGCCUCCAGGCUGUGGUAAAACCUUGAUUGCUAAGGCUACAGCCAAAGAAGCAGGCUGUCGAUUUAUUAACCUUCAGCCUUCAACACUGACUGAUAAGUGGUAUGGAGAAUCUCAGAAAUUGGCUGCUGCUGUUUUCUCCCUUGCCAUAAAGCUACAACCUUCCAUCAUAUUUAUAGAUGAAAUAGACUCCUUUCUACGAAACCGUUCAAGUUCUGACCAUGAAGCUACCGCCAUGAUGAAGGCUCAGUUUAUGAGUCUCUGGGAUGGAUUGGAUACUGAUCAUAGCUGCCAGGUUAUAGUGAUGGGUGCUACUAAUCGCCCUCAAGACCUUGACUCGGCUAUAAUGAGAAGAAUGCCUACAAGAUUUCAUAUUAACCAGCCUGCUCUAAAACAAAGAGAAGCAAUCUUGAAGCUCAUCUUAAAAAAUGAAAAUGUGGAUAGACAUGUUGAUCUGCUAGAAGUUGCCCAGGAAACUGAUGGGUUUUCAGGAAGUGACCUAAAAGAGAUGUGUCGAGAUGCUGCCCUGCUCUGUGUUAGAGAAUACGUGAAUUCUACAUCAGAAGAACGUAAUGAUGAAGAUGAAAUCCGGCCUGUGCAACAGCAGGACCUUCAUCGGGCAAUUGAAAAGAUGAAGAAAUCAAAGGAUGCAGCAUUUCAGAAUGUUUUAACUCAUGUUUGUUUAGACUAAGAGUAAAGGUCAUUUGUACAGUUCAGUGAUCUAGUUUGAUGUGUCCUCUCAUCAGUUUGUGGAAAGAGUGCUCACAGAACAGUGAGGGAGUCUGUGUAUAUGGUUUUAAUACUAAGUUAUUGAGGUAUAGGCAUAAAAGCGGUAUUACUAUUUGUCAGAAAUCAUGAGGAGGAACAAUUUAACCCAGCCUGAAUAUGGGUGCUUGUGUUUGACCUCACUAGCCAUAUGUUGUUAUAGCCUUAUAGCAUCUAAGCUGGUCUUAAGUCAUGAUUCAUUGAAUACUUAGUGAGCAUUGGGAAUGUGGUUGGGUGCUGGUUCCUAGACCUGUGAGCAUGUGUGUAUGUGAGUGUGUAUGGAUGUCUGUAUAUUAAAUGUAUAUAUCCACACAUUUUUUUAUUGACAUUCUGUAGAUAUAUUUGAAUACAGAAACCUUUUUUUUUUUUAACCCCAAUUACUGAAUCCAUACUACCAAGUAGUAAUAGCACAACCAGCUUUUAAGGUUGUGUCUCACUGGUACUGUGAUUCAGCCAUUUCUAGUUGUCAUUUAUUUUAGGCUUCUUAAAUUUCUGUCUGCAGUUGAUUAGUUGAAUUAGCCACAGCUGCAUAUAUACAUGUGGCUCAAAUUAUAAUGGUUGUUAGGAUAAUCAAAUAAAAUUACUUGUUCAGUGAUCAGCAUGGAAUGGUUAUUAGGCAGACCGAUUUCACCUCUUUCUGCUAGCAUGUUGAGUAGACUUUUUUUUUUUUUAUGUUUUAAAUUGACUUAUGUUUGGGUGGAGCCUUUCAAAAGAGUGGGUUGGAGAAACCUCAGUGCCCUUCAGUCCAUGUCUGUAUAUGACCUUCCUUUCUUUUAAUGUGACAGUUCUGUUUUAACCAUGUGUUUUAAAAUGUUAUUUAAAAGUUAUAUGUUCUUUAAUUAUGGUCAAAUAUAAUUUGGUCUCCCAAACCGAAAUGACAGUUUAAAACAAGUAGCCAUUACUAAAUGUACUUAAAAAUAUUCAUUUUGUAACUCAUUUACAUGUUUUUUUUUUCCUCACUGUGGCCUCAUUAAGUACAAAUGGACACAUCAGAACUCCCAUGAUCUUAUCUGUAGUAGUCAUUCUAUGCUCUGUAGACUACUUAGGAAACAUUUUUUUAUUGUUCAAAAUUCUACUAACCAGAAUUCUGUCACAGGCACCCAAGCACGCAGCACGACGAAAGAGCACAACAGACCGUAAGCUGCCUUCUCAAUCAUCCGAGACUAAAUUAUCUUUCAGAUGUUUUUAUUUCCUUAAACCCUCAAUCGUUACUCUUGAGCUAUUGGAUGAAUAGUCUCCCAAGAACCUGCUGAGUAGUUUCUUCCCCCAUUUUGACUUUGGUGGGGAGAGUUUGCAGGAGAACCCUGUGCAACAAGAAGGCAGUUACUGAUGAUUGUGAGGGUGAUGGAAAAACGAAUGCCAAAUACAAGAACCAAAAAUUUCAAAAUGUGUCCCAAUUUUAAUAACUGUUAUACUAUUAUUUUGUAAUGUGUAAUAAAGGGGUCCCUCUUACUUAA